UCUCUGCAUUUGAAGCCUCCUGUUACCUCAGGACCAUCGUUGGUGAUUCUUCUUUCAUCUACAGCACUAAAGGAAACCAUGAUCCGAAAGGCGCAGAAGGGUCUGAUUUCCUAUGUGAAGACUGAAACUGAGAAGAAUUCUGGUGUUUUCUAUGUGGUGACUGGUUUGCUUCUGACUGGCAUUGAAAAAAUCCUGGAGACGGAGUUUACGUGUCCAUGUCAGUCUGGUUGGAGCUCUUUGUUUUCAGCGGGCUAUUUCCUGGCUCCGUCACUUCUCUUCUUUGUGGUGAUGUUGAAGAUCUCAGGAUUUAAGUGUGUGUGCUCAGUGGAAACUGUGACGUCGGUGCUGAAGAGCCUGAUUCCACCUGCAAUAUGGGUUAUCCUGCUUUUCCUGGAUGGACGUUACUAUGUGUGUGCAAAAACCUACUGGUCUGGACAUCUGGUGAAAGAUGAUAGCCAUAUUCCUGAGAAAUGGUGUAAACCGGACGACACAACCUUAGCAGCAGAACUAGAAGAAAAAACCCGUUGGUGGUUUUCAGAGUCCAAGAUCUAUGGAGUGAUCUUCAUCAGCUUAGUAGCGGUAAUUUUUGUAAUCUACCACUGCACCAUCUGCAGCUGUGGCCGCAGGUUCCUCCGCAGGUACUGUCUCUGCUGCCUCGAAAAACUCACCAGCUGCUGCAAUCAAUGCCACGAUAAAUGCCGUGCUAAGUGCUCCAGUAACUCCCGUGAUCGCUAUGAUUCGUUCCGCAAUCAAUGCCGUGGUCGCUAUGCAUGGUGCCACGAUCGCUGGGUCUGCGAGGAGUGCCACAAAGAUCUUGAAGAACAACGUCCUUCAGAAACAGAAACAGAAUCAUCAGAUACUGUUCCACUUCUUAACGAAGACACAUCUGGGCACCCUGGGAACGAGGAGGAAUAACCUAUGAUUGGCAUCAAACAGCUGAUGUUUUGAUGGUUUUUACAAGAUUUGGUCUUUUUUAACUCUUCUCACUCUUUUGUCUGCUGAAUGUUUGUAAAGCUUAGUUGUAAAACUUCUGAUGUAAAUGAAUUGUUUAAUUCAGUCAUCACAUCCAAUAUGAAUAAAUAGAGACUGACUCUGUAUUCAACACAGACUGAAGUCCUAUAGUCCUGCUUAAUUAAGGUCUAAAGAUAAAUGAAAAAUUUGCCAUAAAAUUAAAUCAUUCAAUGCAAACAUCACAAAAUGUCUUUUAGCUCUAUAUUUGUGUUUAACCCUAACAACAGCAUUACAUCUGCUUUUACUACCUUUAGUUUUUGUCCAGUAAUAAUCUUUUGUAUCUG